AAAGAAUCGAAAUCCGAGUCGAGGACUGUCUCAGGAUCGGCCCCAGGGGCUGCUAUGUAUUCGCUUCGCAGCUAUGUAUAGAUAUGAGAUACACGACAUUCAAAUGCAAAGAGUGGUGAGAUCCACUUUGGGCAUGGCACCAGCUGAACGGCGGUUAUUGUGAAUCCAGAAGAUCCCCGGCAAGUAGAAGUACUACCUCGUGAAGAGCAGAGUAGUUGGCCUAUCCGUCACACGACACGCUAUUGUCGCUGAUCUCCCGAGCGCGGAUGCGAUUUUUCUGGAGAUGGCUGAGCGCUUCUUUCUGCGGCACGACAGCCAUAGCUGGCACUCCGGCAAACCUAGACGCUCCAGGGUACGUUCCUGCUGCAGCGCCGGUAGGGAGCGGCCAGCUGCUCAAGAACAUGGAAACGCCGGGGAUCGGAGGAGCAUCAUCGAGCAUUGCGAGGAGAUCAGAUGAGGCGCAAACGCUCGCGGACAAGGUCGAGCGCCACUCCGCGGCAUGGGCGGACCGAGAAGGGGCUGUAUCCGCUGAAGGUCGUGGAGGUGCAUCAAAAGGAAAAGUAGAGGAUGUCAGAGUGCUUGCUGUACAUCAGGAUUACAACACAGUGGUAGGCGAACAUGUUGCAGGAACUUUUGGAGGUCGAAGAGGAGGACAAAAAGCUCGUACCUCGACGUCGCGCGCACUUGUGGAACCGCAACCGACGGCACACCUGUACGGUGUCGUGACGGCACUUGCGGGGGGAGGUCGUGAGCAUG